AUGCUUGGCGGUGACGGACCGAAAACUAUAGCGAUCUUGUGGGGUGCUGUUGGCAUCACCUGGCCAUUUGUUAUAUUGAGAUACUACACGAGGAAAUACGUCGUGAGUGCUGUUGGAAUUGAUGAUCAUGUCUAUUUCUUGGCCUGGAUAUUCCUUCUCUUAUACUCGAUAAGCACCAAUGUGGCGGUCAUCCAUGGGUACGGGCAGAAUGUGACUGACUUGAGCCUCGAUGAUGCCGCUCAUGCAAUCUUCAGUAUAAUGAUAGGGCAAACCUUCUCGGUCCUCGGUACGAUGGUAGCGAAAGACUCGAUCGGGCUCUUCCUCCUCCGGCUUGUGGUGAAGCCAUGGCACCACGUCUUCAUCUGGACUGUUAUGGCAGCCGUGACGCUCUCGGCACUGUUUACUGUUGUCAUCAUCUGGAUCCAGUGCACGCCAACGGCGGCGAUUUACGAUGUCAGAGUCAAAGGAAAUUGCAACUUCCAUCUGAGACCCUUUGCCACCUACUUAGGAGUGCUGUGUGUCACGUCUGAUUUCGCAUUUGCUUUGUUUCCUAUGAUCUUUAUCUGGAACCUCAACAUGAAGCAGAGCCGAAAAGUCACAAUUGCUGGGAGCCUGAGCUUAGGUUGCUUUGCUGGUGUUUGCGGUAUAUUCCGAUGCAUUAACGUGGGAGGAUUGGCGUCAACAAACUAUACGAAGGACACUGUCCCUCUCAACACCUUGUCUGCUAUAGGCGAAGCUGUGAGCUUGAUCUGCAUUGGGAUUCCACAUAUACGGCCACUUUACGAACGCGUCUUCAGACCGUGGAUUUCUAGUCUUUCUGAGCCAUAA